AUUGGCAUUUGACUUACCUGUGAGGUGUGUAAAAGCUCGUCACCUCGGAAAUCAAGACAUUAACAAGUUAUAGAUUACGUUACGAAGCAAGAGCAGAAAUCACCGAGUUCAAUGGAGUAACCCAAAAACUCGCAGUGACAGAGGGAUUGUAGGAUCUCAGUUUCACCGUAAAAGAUCUUAGAUGGCAUCAGGCAUGAUGGGAAACUCUGGGAUCGUGUUUAUUUUGACCUUUAUCACCACUCUGAUGUCAAGGGCAGCAGGCAUCAGUCCUCCAGGCAGGCCCAGACUCACAAGCUGUCGCUCUCCAGAGAAGGAGACUUUUACCUGCUGGUGGGAACCGGGCGAUGAUGGGGGCUUGCCCACCACCUACGCCCUCUACUAUCACCUUGAAGACUCAGAGACGGUGUAUGAGUGUUCGGACUACAAAAACUCAGGCGAGAACUCGUGUUUCUUCAACAAAAAUGACACGUCACUGUGGGUCAACUACAACAUCACUGUGGUGGCCACCAACGCGCUGGGGAAGAACAUUUCAGAGCCCGUAGAGGUGGACGUGGCCUUUAUAGUUCAGCCCAACACUCCAGAGAACGUCUCGGCUGUAGUGGUUCAUGAAGACCAGAUUCCAUUUGUGAGGGUGUCCUGGGAAAAACCGAGAACCGCAGACACGCGUUCAGGGUGGAUCACGCUAGUUUACCAGUUACGAAUUAAAACAGAGAAAAAUGGGGAAUGGGAGGAUUAUUACGCUGGCAUGCAGAAGUACUACAACAUAUUCAGUCUUCACCCCGGUAAGAAAUACAUGGUGCAGGUGCGAUGCAAACCUGAUCACGGGUUCUGGAGCGAGUGGACCCAAACGACCUACGUCAAAAUGCCCGGCUACCUUGCGAGAGAACGUUCACUGUUGAUCAUGAUUACCAUUUUCUCUGUCUUUGGUGUCCUGAUCCUCACCUGGACGCUAAGGGCCAAACGAAACAGUGUGAAACUGUGUUUCCUGCCUCCUGUGCCUGGACCCAAAAUUAAAGGAUUCGACAAACAGCUGUUCAAAAAUGGCAAGUCAGAGGACAUUUUAAAUGCUCUGGUAAUACAGAGUUUUCCUCCAAACACCGAUUACGAUGACUUAUUGGUGGAAUAUCUUGAGGUGUACGACAAUGAGGAGCAGGAAUUGGUGUUGGAUGGGAAAGAUUUGUCGGAGGACUGCCUGAAGUCCAAAAGCUCUUUGGACAGCGACUCCGGCCGGGGCAGUUGCGACAGUCACACCCUGCUGUUGGAGAAAUGCACGGUGGGACGAGACUCGAGCAGCCAGCACGGUGAAACAAGCUUGGCUUCUACUGAAAGCAGCAAGUGCCAGGUACCCGAAUCCGUCGACGGUCAUGCCAAGACCUGACCCGUCGUGUUCUUGUCUCCGCAACAUCACCCCUGUCAAGCCUCUAAACCGGCCUAUCACAGCGUCCCAGAGAUUCUCAACAUCUCUUCGCCUCGUAUGACACCCAUCAGUUACCAUCAGCUUCAGCAUCGGGAAGUCCCAACGCAAGAGGCCCGCUUCAGCAAGCCCACCUUUCGACAUUCCCAAAGCUACCACCAGUUCAGCCUGGACAGUCCCGAGCACACGGCAGAAAGCAUCGUGUCUCCAUCGUGUUCGAUGGAAUAUGUCGAGGUCCAGAGGAUCAACCCCGAAAAUGUGCUGGUGCUCAGGCCUCUUUCAGACCCCAACAGCGGACGUGACCUUUCUGAGCUCGCCGGAGAGGACUACACCAGAGUCAAAGAGGUGACAUCAAACAAUAUGCUCUUACUGCAGACAGAAACACAAUGCUCGGACAAUUAUAGCCGGGACUCGGACAGCCAAGCCGACCGAUGCUUGACCCAACAGCAACCCUGUAAACCUUCAGUUCACCAAUUGUUCAGUCUGGUGCCACAGGAGGACAUGAGGCUGAUGGGAAAUGGUUACGUGGACUCGACCGUGUUGAUGCCAUCGUAUUAACAUGUGGCCGCCCAUUGUGUGAAAAACUGCAAAACAAUAAGCCGUCACACAAAAUCAUAAACUCUUAAUGAGACUUAACUUUUUCCAAUUCUGUUAUAAAAUCGACAACUUAUCAAGCCCUGUGAGAAGCACUUACCUUACAUUUGAAUGAUUUAUAUUUUUAUAAAUUAUAUUUAUAGAUUAACAUACUUGAGUGUAAACAAGGGUUUGUGGACCCAUUCUCAGGCAGGUCUGUGUCCUUUGGACAUUUUUUGAUGUUUUACUUGCUCUUUAAAAAUGUCGGAAGCUGUGUCGUAUAAUGUCAAAAUGACAAAUGGCUUCUCACACUCCUAUCUGUGUUUGUCACAUUUAUUUUUAGAUUUAGCACUUAGCAUAUCUGCUCUCAGCAAUGCCCUAUGCAUUAUGUUGUUGUAAAUGUAUUUUGUACUGUGGCACAGUUACGUGUUUGAACCCACUUUUUUAUUAUAUGCGUUUAAAAAAAGGGGUCUCUUGCUAUAACGUAAAAUGACUUCAGUCAGAUGAGUUUAAAGGGAUGCUUCACCCAAAAAUGAAAAAUUCUUUCAUUAUUUACUCACCUUCGAGUUGUUCCAAAUCUGUAUAAAUGUCUGAUGAACACAGAGAAAGAUAUUUGAAAAAAUGCUUAUAACCAUACAGAUCUUUCCCCCCAUCGACUCCCAUAGUAGGAAAAAUUACUUUAUCAUCUUUUUGUUCUGUUGAACACAGCAGACGGCAUUUUGAAGAAUGUAGGACAGCAAACAGUUCUGGGGCACUUUUGACUACCAUUGUAUUUUUUCCUAGUACUAUGACAGAAUUUUCAUUUUUGGGUGAAGUAUCCCUUUAAAUAUUGCCAAAAUGUGCACCCUCCAUAUGUUGCAAUGUUGAACUGAAGUCAGUCCAAAUUUAACACAUUUUAAGUGCUAUCACAAAAACUCACGUGCAUUUUAUCAAAACAAAUGAGCAUUCUUUGUGUCACAGCUGGUUUAAUCCUACUGUAAUCCUGCUGUUGUUCUUUGAAAACAAAUUCCAGUCCAUUCAAGAAACAUUGCGUAAUCUAAAUUACUCAAGAUAUGUUUGUGUAUUAAUGGUUCACUAAUGCAAAAGUAACUUUAGAUUAAAAAAUUUGAUUUUGCCUUCAAUAUUUAAUCUGAGGUGGCGGUUAUCUCAAACUUUUGAAUGUAUGCAUUUCACUGACUAGCUUCUUAAACUAAGACUGCGCCAGUCUCACUGACUAGCAAUUAGUUAAAACUAAUCAGUAGAUUGGUAGAUUGGAACUAAUCAGUCUUACUUUUCAUAUUUCAAUUAGCCCAAUCUACCUUUUUAUGUAAAUGAUUUAAAGAAGUUAUAACCAGUCUUGAAGAAUUUUUUUUAAGAAUAAGACUAGUCUAAGCAGUUAAUGCAACCGGCCCCUGAUGUUAUCAUAACUGAUUUUAAACACAAAACCAGUAUGAAAUGAAAACUGCCAGUGUAUUAUGAAUGCAGAUAUAUUAUCAAAUAUGCAGUUCAGUUAUUCAGUGUUCUAAUCUAAAGGAGUAUGAAGUACGUAUGUGUGGGUGCGCGCUUGAUAGUGGAUGGGAGAGAGAGAGAGCGAGAGAGAGAGAGAGAGAGAGACCCAUAUGUAAAUCCAUAACAGAACCAAAUCACUUCAGUCUGUAUAUUAGACAGGCAUGUUGUAUUAGACAUUAAUGCAGCACUCCAAUUUUUAUGUUUUUAUAUAAAAUAUUACAUUCAGGACAUCCUGAUAGGUAAGGGAUGGACGAAUUUUAGCCUGUGCCAGUGCAAAUCAACUUCUGACCCACAUGUUGCCUUUAAUUUUAUGUAUAGUUAUUUUACGUUACAUUUAGAUAUUGUUGCGAAUAUACAGGAUAUUGCAAACUUUACUCAUUUGUGAGCCAGACUGUAUAUUAUUUUGAUUUCUGUGUUGUUUAGCCGUUGUAAAUUCUUGGUUUAAUUCAUAAUCGAUCUACAUGGACAAAGCUUCAUAUUUCUUAUGCAGAUUUUAUUAUAUUUCUAACUCAUGGCAUAUCUUUCAAAUGUGUGUGUAAUAACAAGGUGUAGCCUUAGGACAGUUAUGUUAUGGCUCACAUGCCAUCAUGAAAUAUUUAACUGUGUCUGUGAUUUAGUGACAGCGCUUUCUUUUGAAAAGCAUAAGAGCUUUCCUGUAGCUCAGUGGUAAGAGCAUUGCGUUAACAACGCAAGGUUGUGGGUUCGAUCCCAGGGGAUUGCACAUACCUAUGUAUAAAUGUAUAGGAUAAUGCAAUGUAAGUAGCUUUGGAUAAAAGCGUCUGCCAAAUGCAUAAAUGUAAAGAAAUCUAGCGAACUAUUGAAGCAAUCCUGCUUUACAAUAUUAAUUCUGAGAUUGAACUUUAUCAAUAAAAUCAUUGCUUUCAACCUACCAAAUUUACAAUAACUGUAAUCUAAUCAACAGUAGAUAAGCAAAACAUAAACAUAUGUUAGUUGGCUGAAAUACAUCUUGUGUGAUAAUUGUUCUGUUUUUCCAUAAGAAAUGGUUUAAUUUGAGCCAAACACACCUCUAUAACCAUUAAACACUGUCAGAUUGUUGUAAGUGUGCUGUAGUAGGCCUACUUCUUCUAAAUUCUCACACAAUUUGAAAUAUCUUUAUAGAAAAAAGCAACAGGUUAUAAAUGAUCUCCACUUACGCCAUCAUUUUGAACGGACUUCUUCAUAAAUGCAAUUACAUCAACUAAGAUUAAUAAAUGUUUA